AUGAAUGUGUCCAAGAAAGAAAACACAAACUCCAUUACCCACUUCAUCCUCCUGGGAUUCCCCUCAAGUCCAGAAAGGCAGCUCCUCUUCUUUGGGCUCUUCUCAGUAGCCUACACUCUGACUCUCAUGGGGAACAUAGCCAUUGCCUGGGCUGUGCAUGGAGACCAGCGCCUUCACACCCCCAUGUACAUCUUCUUGGGGAAUUUCUCUCUCCUGGAAAUUUGCUAUAUCACCACAACUGUCCCUAACUUAUUGGCUAACUUCAUCUCCACAACAAAGUCCAUUUCUUUUGUGAGUUGUUUUGCACAAUUCUACUUCUUCUUCUCCUUUGGGUGUGAUGAAGGCUUCUAUCUUUGCAUCAUGGCCUUUGACAGGUACCUUGCUGUCUGCCACCCACUGCAUUAUCCACGCAUCAUGACCAGACAGCUCUGCACUGGUCUUGUUGUCUUGGGAUGGUCCAUCUGCUGGAUACUUGGUUUCCUGUGGUACUUGAUUCCCAUCAUCACCAUCUCCCAAAUGUCCUUUUGUGGAUCCAGGAUAAUUGAUCAUUUUCUGUGUGACCCAGGUCCUCUGUUAGGCCUCACUUGCAAUAAAGCUGCCAUGAUAGAGCUUGUAAUCUCCAACUAA